CACACUUUUGCAAUUCCACUCACAUUAUUUACAUUCCCAUUUCAUGGGAACCGAACCAAAAACUGUAACCUGUUACUUGUAUAUUUUUCGGUAACGCUUUUUUAAAUUGUCUUAUACGUGUCUUUAUUGGAUUGGACCACCACUUCGGAUAGAGCAUGUACGAGUGCAGUCGCUGUGGUAAUCGAAGGAGCAAACUGAGUCCUCGCGCCGCCGACAAGUUCGAUAGCGCAAGGGAGGAUUGCAUAGAGGGUGCUUCCAGUUGGUGCAACCUGUGCAGCGAACUGACCUUCUUUAUGAAGUGCUCCACCGGCGGUGAUUCGGUGCAGGAACUCUUCAGCAACAGCUUGGAUUCCAUCGAUUCGGUUCCCAGCAAAGUAUCGACCGGCUUGCUCGGAGGUGCCCUCCAUUCGCGCACGGAUAUCCAGAACCAGCAGGCCGCCAGUCUGGCUAACCAUCUGAGCAACUGGGCCGUCGAGGCCGUGGAUCCGCCCAAAACCGGUGGAUCCUUCAGUGUACUGCCCAAUAGGCAUGGCUACUUGAUUCGGAAUCGUCAUAGCGAAGAUGAGGCUGUCACACCACCAGUGACUCCUCUUAACGUUACUUCAACUACGAGUGCUCCUUCGCAGAGCGGUGAAAAAACUGUACGUAAAUCAGGUCCUGAGAGACUGUCGAAAAUGGCUCCAUCGUCUGGACGAAGUACAAGACAUGAAAAAGACACGGGCAUCGAACUGUUGAGAGCCACGCCUCCCAAGCACCUAAAUCCAGGAUUACCGCUUGAGUCAGAUCGUCGCUUGUCCCCUGUUAAUCCUUAUGCAAAGUCCUACAAGCAUCGCGAUGAGCAGAAUCAAAAGUCCCAUACCUCUACCAAGCGUAUAAAGAGUUCCGAUGUCAAUUCUGUUCUCCCUGGUUUUACUCUCAAGGAUAUAAAGAAGAUGCAGCGCCGCUUCGCUGCCGAAGAAUCCUCAGAAGCGGGGACCUCCAAGCAGGCAAGAGAUCGAAGGAUGAUGGCCUCCGGGAGUCAAGUGAAAAGUUCCAGCAACAUUGAGCUUCAGCGGAAGCUGCUAGAGAAGCGGCGGCAAAUGAGGAAGUUGGCCUCCAUUCGAAACCGACUAGACGUGGAGUGUGAGACAGCCCAAACGGAACUGGAUGUCCUGGAGAGGAGUAAUCUUCGCUCGUCAUCAAGGUGGAGUAAGAGGCAGAGUGGAGGAGCCCACAUGACAUUACAACACCUGUUCAAUAGAAUGCAAAUUGAGAAGCAGAUACGGGAAGGCAAGAAGUCGCUCCAGACAGAGAGUAGUCUAGAGGCCAUGAUGAAUGCCCUAAGCGAACAGAAUAAAUCAAAUAUAAAAAUAAAGGAAAUGGACUCGGACCAAUCAAGCCUGAAAAGCUAUGAGCCAUCGGUUGCACCUCCAGGAACUGAAACCGAAACGGACACGGAAACCGUGACUGGAGGGGAUUGUAUGUCCACGGUGGGAACCAGCAUAGAAAGUGCCCCAUCAUCCACCCAAACUGAAAGUAUAGUUGUGAAAAAGAAGAAGGGGGUCUAUGUACCCCUGGCCGAUCAGCUGAGAAAUCCCUUUGCAAAACCGGGUAGGGUGGGAUUUUACAUGCCCAGCGCCUUUCGUCCCAAAGACCUCUUUCAGCGAACCCAGCCCUUGGGAGAAUCCCGCAGGAUCUGUAUCCUGUUGUCGUCGGCGCAGCGUGCCUUAUUCCAGCGGAUCGUCAACGAUCCCCUGGACAUAGUAAAGCUGAUCCGGAGUCUCGAUGAAUCAACGGAGGUGACCUUGAAUGCGCCCAGAGCCCAGUUCUCCACAAUAGCCUGUGCGGAGAAGGAAGUAAUCCGUCUGACCGAGAAGAAACCGCAGGUGACCAAGAUGCAAAAGGCCAAAGAACUGGAUGUCUCCCGAUCGCCGGUCCGUUGUCCCGAUUCCGAUUGCCGGCGGCUGUGCUUCGUCUCCGACUUGAAUAACCACCUCCUGCUGGAUCAUCGAUGCCUGACCAUGGAGCGCAUAAAGGCCAGGGAGACCAAGACCUUUUUUCUGGACACCAACAUGACUAUGAUUGAUAGGCCCAGGUGCCAUAUGGUUUAUAUGGUGCGGGAUAAGGUCAUCGACAGCCAGGCUGAGGAGCUGCACGAUCUACUGCCAGUUCUGGUGAUGAGUAGCCGCACUUAUCUGACCAAGGCCUUGAGUCUCCCGGGAUCACGGGCUGCAAGGAUCAUCAGCAAGGCAAGACGUAGCUCCGAUGUGGAGCUCUUCGUCCUAUGGCUGACCGGGCUGGUGCCGCGCAACAUGAGGCCCUUGGCCACCAUUUCCCUGUGGUCCACCCUGGGUCCCAAGAUGGCCGGCUGCGUCGGUGUUAAUACUGGCUAUAUCUACGACAUCCGGGCUCCCAACGAUGUGGGCCAAAUCUGUCGGAGUCGGUGCUCCAUGGUGCUGCCCAUGAGGAUGAUCGCCCAGAUGACCAACAAUGCACGCAGAUUCCUGGCCGUUCAGGUGCAGGUCUACUGAAGACCGAUCAAGAACGAAAGCUAAAUUUUACAGUACUGAUUGGAUAGAUUUUUAUCAAAUAAAACAUUCUAAGGAUCUCUGUUUUAUAACAA